AUGUCCUCGGCCGCCAUCCACUCGAGCAAGCUCCUCCACGACUACCAAGAGCGCCAAGCAGCAGAGCAAGAGUCGAGCCGCGACACCUAUCCCUCGCGCUUCCCCUUUGGCGGCGAGGGAUCGGGCCCAUUUGGAGGCGCCAGCAGGUCAACGCCGGCCACAGAGUCAUUUGUCUCCUCCGCCACACCAGCGCCAUCCGCCGCCAUGGCACACCUCUCGCGCUUCGAUCCCGGCCCUUCCAGCCAUGCCGCCGCCGCCGCCGCCGACAACCCGCCGUGGGCCGACUCGCAGAUGUCGACAGCCACGUCAAGGCUUGCGCUGCGCGACAUCACCCAGUACGACUACCCCGCUGGAUGGGGCGCCCAGCCCAUGGCAGAGUACGGAGGCCUCACCCAGGACAGCGCAAGCCGCAUCGCCACCCUGCAGGCCAAGCUCAACCAGAAGCUAGGGCCCGAGUACCUCAGCCAGAGGCCAGGGCCGGGAGGAGGUCCCAAGCUGACCUACAUCGAAGGCUGGAAGCUCAUAGACCUGGCCAACGAGGUGUUUGGCUUCAACGGCUGGUCGACGACCAUCGUACGCCUCGACAUCGACUACCUCGACUGCUCGCCCGAAGGGACCCGCUUCAACGCCGGCGUCAGCUGCAUCAUCCGCGUCACGCUCCGCGACGGCGCGUUCCACGAGGACGUCGGCUACGGCAGCGCCGAAAACGCCAGGCAAAAGCAUGCCGCCAUUGAAAAGGGAAAGAAGGAGGCCGUCACCGACGCCACAAAGCGAGCGCUCAAGAACUUUGGCAAGCUGCUCGGCAACUGCACCUACGACCACUCGUUUGCCAAAGAGGCGCUCAAGGUGCCCAUCCCGGCACAGAAGUUCGAUCCGUCGCAGCUCCACCGUCGCACCGACAGCAGACCCCCUCCCCCUCCACCAGCGUCUGCAGCGAAUCCCGCAAACAUGGCCUCGGGGACGUCGGCCGAGGUUAUGGGUCCACCCGCCCCGCCGCGGCCGAUGAGGACCAACACGGCCCCGCCGCCCGCCGUCGCACCCAAGCCGCCAGCUGAGCCGGCACCGGUACCCAGGGACGCCGCGCGCGCGGGCGCCACUGACCAGGGCAGCGAGACCGUUAGCCCACCGACAGCGGCAGCAGACGCACCGGUGGCGAACGCGGCAAAUCCUUCAGAGACCCCGGCUGCCAUUGCGGCGCAGGCUCGCGCCGCUGCCGAGAGGCAGGAGCGGUCACAGGCGGCGCGCGCAGCCUAUCUCCAGAAGCAGCUCGAGCAACAGGCUCAGGCUCAGGCUCAGGCUCAGGCGCAGGCGCAAGCGCAGGGUCAGGGCCGGAAUGGACAACUUGCUACUGCAGGGCCGAGACGCUCCAUGACCGAGGCUCCAAGGCAGGCAUCGGGUGGCAGCAAUGGACAGGGAGCAAUGGCUGCGCCAUCGCGCACGGAUGCUCGGAUGUCGGCGCACGGCUCCGCUGCACCGAGCGACGAAUUCGGCGACGACAUCCUGGAUGAGGCGCUGGGGGGCUACGACGAGACCGACAUUGCCGAUGCCGAGGCAGCCUCGAUGGCGUUGGAGAUGGAGAUCGAAGCGGCAGCUGCCGCCGCCGAAGCCAGCGCCUUCGCCGACGAUGCUAGGCGCAACGUGGGCGGUGCGGACGACAGCGGUGUCUUUUUCAACGACGAGCAAGCGGCGCAGAUCCAGGUGAAAAAGGAGAAGGUGGCGCAGGCCGAGUCGCGGGCUUCUCCACACUCGGUCUCUGCGCCGGCAACGGGGGCUAGCAGGGAUACGGCGAGGGCAAAGGCGGCCGCCAUGCCGACAAGCCGCUCCCUCAGUCCGGUCAAGCAGGUUCAGCAGCAGGACUUGCGACCGCGGAGGGCUGGCAGCGUGGGCCGCUUCCUCUCGCCUCCGCCCGAAGAAGCAAACGGUGCUCUUCUGAACGGCGCAGGUACGGCGCAGGUCAAGGUCGAAGCCGUCAACGGAGUCAACCGGACCCGGCCGCAGAGGGCAGCGGCAGCGCCCAUGGGCGGGAUCGAGGCGGCCUCGUCGAAUGCGGUGCGACGCGACACGGGCAGAGCCCUGGGACGGUCGGUGGGUCAUUCGUACGUGGUGACGCGAGGGACCAAGCGCCACCACGGCGAGGGUGAGGGGGCCGUGGGUAUGGGCGCAAGCGUCUCCCCUCCUACCGGUCUGGCAGGCGGCGCAGCAUCGACGGCAAGCCGGCCACCUCAGCGCAACGGGCCGACGCGGCUCGCAGCGCAGGCGGGCUCGAAGACGAUGGCCUACUCGAGCGGCGCCGCUCCGACCUCGACGGGAUGGUCGCACAACAUGGGCGGCGAGCCCGUGUGUGCGCGGCAGCCGUUGGCGCAGUCGGCGGCGGGCGAUGACGGAUCCGCCAAGCGGCCACGUCAAUAG